AUGUGUGUCCGCACGCUGGUGGGUAACGAGACGAGCGAGUCGAUAAUCGCUCCGAUUGCGCCGGAGCCGGACACCGAUUCGAAGCGAUGCGAGAAGUUGUCCCGCACCAAGGAGAAGUACAUGAAGCUCUACGAGGAGAUGUUGGAGAAGGAGGAGCAACAGCGUCGACGGCAGCUGGAGGAAGAGAACGCGCUCUACCUGCCAGACCUGGCCGACGACGUCCUGGCCGCCAGCACGAAUCACUACGGCAUGAUGCUGAAGAAGCUGUCCACGUACUAUGAGGUCGUGCGCCAAUCCAAAGCAGCCAAGAUUCUCUUCUACACGACGCAGCCCGCACACAUAAUCACAAUCGCCGCAGUCUUAUUCGUUACAUCAGUCCUCUUUCCAGCCAAGGGAAAGGUGCAGGUCCCGGGCUCUUAUUCAAGAAUGUUAUCCUUCAUUUAUCUCGCAUCUUUUGUCAUACACUUUGGCGCUCAAAUUUGGAUGACCUUCGUAUCAGGUCUAUCUUUGUACUUUGCACUGCCACGACAUGCCUUUGGCGAAGUGCAGCGCGUGCUAUUUCCGAGAUACUUCACGAUAAACGCUUGUCUAAGUCUCAUCACGCUCUUCAUAUUUGUCAAGCAUCAUCCGAUCUAUACAUGGGACGCUGAAAUUGCUGUUCAGGUUGGUGCAAUGUCCGGAGCCUUUUUCUUGGAGCUGCUGAUACGCCUCUACUUGACACCGCCACUUCUCCAGCUGAUCGUGCAGAAAAACAAUUUUGAGCGCGCGGUCGGCGUCGGCAACGAAAUAGGCCGUCACAAUCCUGGACCGCUUAAAAAUUGUACGCAUUAUCUGAAAAUCCACCGAGCGUUCCGCCGAGUGCACGUGUGGAUAGCUAUGGGAAACAUGCUAACUAUGGCGUGCACGGUACUUCAUCUCUAUUACAUAGCGAGCAAAUUAUGUGCUUUGUAAGAGCAAUUAGUUUUCAAUAGUAAAAUCUAUAUAGAUUCCUAGUAAAAAAAAAAUUGAAGAGGAUAUUCUUUGGUUUAUUUUAGGAAGAGAUAAUCUUAUAAAUAUAUAUCUUAAAUUGUUUUGUUUUCAAAAUACUAGGGUGUCAAAGUUGAAAAAAAAUAAAAAUUUCGAAAAUUUGAAAACCAGUUUACGGAUAUUUUAUUCAAAUUUGAUGCGCGCAUAUGACAUUAAAGACUAAUUUCUAGUACCAGAUAAAUCGUUAUUAGAUCCAUUUUUCAGAUUGUUAGAUAUCUUGUAAUUUUGAAAAUUAAGGUUUAGAAUAAUUUUAAGUUUUAUAAUUUCUUUCUAAAAUAAGCUAAGAAAUAUAUCCUUUAAUUUUUUGUACUUGCUUAGGAAUCAUCUUAUACAUGCUUUCAUUCGAGGCCUCAAGAAAGUUUUCGAAAAGGAUAUAUAGAAUCUAAAAAAUAAUUUUGAGAAAAGCGUUUUAGCAGUAAUGCGUGUUAGUACGUAUCUGGUUACGAUAGUAACGGAUGUCUAAAUGCAUCGAAAUAUUCAGACCUGAUGGUGCAAGAUGUGAUUUUUCCUGCCAUUAAAAUUACUUGCAAAAGACUGUGUAACGAGUCUUUCAGUGCAGCUGCCUUGAACUUUAAACUUCGAUAAAUCUAAGAUAUCGAGGUAUAUUAGUGUACCUUGUAACUCUGAACUUACUCUAUAUUAAAGUAGAGUUAGUAUUCAGAUCAUAAACGUUAUUUGCAUGAUGUAAGUCACACAGUGACUUAUCUUCAGAGGAGCCACUAGCCAAUUCCGAGGAGACUCGAGCCGAGGCGAAGUAAAAGCGACCAGUUUCGACACUUCUCACAAAUAUGAUCUGCUUAUUCGUCGAUAGUGUGCUGUAUAAAUUAUUGCUAAAAAUAGUGCGAAACGCGUGCAUGUAAUUUGUGAGAAUGCCUAGAGAUUGAGUGGUUAUUAUUUAUUCAUCGGCCCAAAACAGCCGAUGCUUCUUUGUAAAUAAUAUAUAUUUCAUAAAUCGAAAAUAUAUCGAUUUGUUUGUAUGACAUAUAUGUAGGAUAUAUUAAAUAUUUUUAUAUACGUGUAUUUUAUAUUAUAAGUUUUAAGGCAUGCAUUCUUGCUAAGACGUAUUCCUUUUAUAUAUUGGCGCGAGAACAAUUAAACUUUUAUUAAAAGAUGUAUUGGCAAUUAGAUCGAAGUAUCCUGCCUAUGAUGGAAAAUCGUGGCUUGCUUAAUAAUAGACAUUAGAAAUUUGCAUAUCGAAUUGCUUUGCGAUUUUAGGAUCGCUGUUAUUACAUUGGAUGCAAUAAAAGUAUAUCUACUCUGUA